AUGGCUGACAAGGAGACUGGCCGGCGAGGCCCAAUCUCGAUCAUACAGCUUGCCAACUCUUACAAUGAACUCUUCGAGGAAUUCUCAUCCAAGGACUUGCGGAGUGUGGGGAACUACACGCUGGGGAGAUUGAUCGGCAAAGGCUCGUUUGGAAAGGUCUACCUUGCGUCGCAUAAACUCACCAAUGGCUCCAAGGUAAGCACCGGGGCGGGCUUCACGACUGAUAGACAUCCCAAUGGCCCGAGCAACCAAGAAGAACCGGUCAACUCACGAUCGAAACAGGUAGUGCUCAAGUCCUCGAGCAAGGAGGAUACCAACCUCGCGCGAGAGAUUCACCACCACCGUCAAUUUUUGCAUCCGCACAUCGCGCGCCUUUACGAGGUCAUCGUCACGGAGAAUCUGGUCUGGCUGGUACUGGAAUAUUGUGCGGGGGACGAACUGUAUAACUACCUCCUACACCAUGGGCCGCUCCCGGUUGACAAAGUGAAACGAAUUUUCACUCAGCUGGUCGGCGCCGUGGCCUACGUCCACAGUAAAUCGUGCGUGCACCGGGAUCUCAAACUGGAAAACAUUCUGCUCGAUAAGCACGAGAACGUCAAGUUGUGCGAUUUUGGGUUUACUCGGGAGUAUGACGGAAAGGCCAGCUAUCUCCAGACCUUUUGCGGGACCAUCUGCUACAGCGCACCGGAGAUGCUCAAGGGGGAGAAAUACGCCGGGGAGAAGGUCGACGUCUGGAGUCUGGGCAUCAUUCUAUAUGCACUUCUGGCCGGCGAGCUCCCGUACGAUGACGACGAUGAUCAGGUGACCAAAAAGCGAAUUCUAUCCGAAGAGCCCCAGUACAACGACAAGUUCCCGGAUGACGCCAAGGCGUUGAUCAACUUGCUCCUCUCCAAGCGACCCCUGAUUCGACCGGGUCUCAAUGACAUCCUCGCCCAUCCCUUCCUCGCCGAGCAUGCCCCGGAGCAGCUUGCCAUCCUGAAAAUCCCUCGACCAUCGCCGUUUACAACGCCGCUGGAGAAGACGACCCUACAGCGGAUGAAGAGCGCGGGAGUGAAUAUCGACGAGGUGAUUGAAAAUGUGCUGGCCCAGCGCUGUGACCCCCUGGCUGGGUGGUGGGCUCUGUUGAUCGAGAAAGAGCAGCGUAAGGAACUGAAACGUGAGCGGCGGCGCCGAGAACGGGAGGCAGAAGCCAAGAACCUCCGUCGGCUCAGUGCAGCGAGCAGUCGCUUGGAGAAGCUCUCGUCGGCCCUCGUCGAAGUGGAUGAGGAGGGACAUGCGCAGACGGGGUCGCUGCACGACCGGGGACGGCGUGACAGGCGAAGCCUGCCAUCCCAGCUGGCGGUGCCGGAGCUUCCCGCGCUGCCCGAGCCAUUGCCGGCCCCUUCACCCGACUUGGAGAUCCCUCCCACGCCAGUGGAGAAAGACGCCGCAGCCGCUGACAGUCGCUCAAUCACAUCGGCCUCGACAUCGGUUCGUCGUCGGCCGAUUCCUCCCCCAAAGGACAAGAGAAGGUCGCGCCCCAGCGUGCUGCAUGUCAGUGCAUCCCAGCCGGAGCUGACGCAGCACCAUGGGAUCUUUCGUCGCCGGCCCUCGCGCCGUCACCAUCCCAUCCUCAGCCAACUGGCCUCCCUCAAACACUGGUUCAUCGAAUCCGCCAAGCGAGCCAAGUCUCCCAGUGCCAAAUCUGGCAGCUCGCGCAAGUUCCUUUCGGAAAAGUUCAGUCCCGCCAAGAGCCAAGAUUCAGGUAAAAAGGCUCCGGCGCCAUCCAUGCCAGCAGAUCUCUCUGCAGACGUAGCCACCCCGACCCAAACGAAACGCUUCUCCAAUGCCAGCAGUCUGGCGCCCAGCAGUGCCUCCUACCACCAGAAUCGCCACUCCUACCCGCGCCAAUCUCGGUCACUCAAUACUGGUCAUUCGAACCAUCGCAACUCUCUCUCGCCAUCUCCGAUCACGCCGCGAGGCUCAUAUCGACGGUCAUCAGCUGGACUGCGUGGCCGCAAAUCUACCUCUUCUUCGGUUUCUUCAAUUCGCAGUAUUCAUCACGCGCGUGCGCACUCAAAAGCCUCGUCCAUCUCCUCCAAUAGCAUCGAUACUGUGGCUACGCCGACCACCCGUCUGUCCAAAUCUCCCCACUCCUCUAUCAAGGUACUGCCAACCACGCCGGGCUCUUCUGCGCGUUUUCCAAGCAACAUCCGUCUGGUGCGUGGGCCCAGUGGACCGCAGCGGGAAAUGCCUGAUCAUCUGAGUGAGAUGCCGGUCCCUUUCAAUGAAUCCGCACCCGGCCCGAUCUUAUAUUCGCCAUCUUCCAAUCUCGUUUUUGCUCGCCGAAAGCGGUCCGCGUUCAAGGGGCCUAUGCUUCAUACGUCAAAUCUGGUGACCUCGGGAAAUUCGAUCCACUCUCCGAUGCCCGGACAGGCGGCAGAAAGCAGCGAGGCGAUGCCUGUCGUCAGUCGUUCCACUCACCGCCCCGCGGCUCGCAAGAGUCAGAUUAUCGAAGAGGAGGAGGACGACGAGGGCUUUGAAGAUGACGUCGAGGAGGUGGACGAGUUUGACGAGCUGGAGGAGGAAGACACACGGACUGCGUGUACCAAUGACGACGAAACCCCUCGAGUAUCGGUUGCUUUACCGCAUGACGCCGGAUCCCCAGUCUCUGAUGGCAGACCAGCACUAGAGCCCGCCCCAGAGUUGGUCGCCAGCCCUGACAGGCCUUUGCGGUCGUCUUCUCUGCGUUCUCCAUCGAGCGAGACGGCCGCGGCUCUCGCAGAAGUCACUGCCGAACCCGUCACGCACGCAAGCGACGCCAACACUGACUGCAGUACUAGAGAAGAUGACGGGGUCACUGCCAAACCGGUCGAGACGAAAUGA